GAAACACGCCGAGAAUCACUCGCUGCGUGGCUGAUGCUGUGGCCUGUCCUCUCGUUCAGAGGGGCUGAUGAUUGGCCACCGGUCCACAGUUUCCAGGAUAAGACGCAGGAAUGCUGUCGCUCUGCUUCCCGAAAACGGGAGGGGUUUCGUCAUGCUCUUGGUCUCAAACUCGCACACGAUGGGCUGGAUUUGAUCUCAAAAAGCAGCUCUCUGUUUGCUGGGAAGAUGUGUUGCCAUCUGUUACUGCGGUAAGUCAAUCGCAGAUGCACCGUCAAACUCCACGGUUCAGAGCAUUUGUAUCCGUAGUGCCAUUGGAAUCGAAGAUGAGGUUUGAGGACAUCAGCUGGCGGCCUCCCUUCUGGUGGACGAACAAACACAGCCCUGCCGUCGGGUUUCCUCCGCAUAUCACCGCCUCAGCUGGCGGACAAUUCCAUGCUGGGAGACGUCAGCUGUGGCUAACGUUAGAGUCUGACCAAGGAGGAGACCGACAGCUUGAACUCCACUGUGGCCGUGUCGGCAGGUGGCUGGCUCAGUUAUGCGGAGUCGCCCCGGCAACUACUACAUUGAUCAGCCGGGCAUUUCUUCCCUCCUUCUUGCCUUAAUUCACCUCCUAACGACUAACGUUAACGACGGUGCCACUGCAAGACUGCAACACCGCGUUUACGAGCGAUUGUAGCACUUUGUGCCUUGGUGGUAACUGCAACAGUGCAACCUCCAAGGUCGGGAUCCGCUGUACCCGUCGACCGCCCGAAGCAACAGGGACUUGAACGAUCCAACUUCGCUUGACUCGCUCCAGUCUACCCAAA